CUACAAUCAAUUUGGAUUUGUUUGGUGGACUUUUCUUCAUGCUGUACAAGUUGCUGGAAAUUUUUAGUUCAUUUCAUUUUUGCCAGGGUCCAAAAGUUAGAUGAGAAGUUUUACUUACAAAUAUGGCAGGAUAAGAAAUGUUUGUUCUGUUUGUGCUUUUUUAAUUUUUGUAAUUUUUGUGUUGUGCUCUCGCUACCUUUUUCAUGAACUGACAUAGUAACAUUAUGGUGCAACAUCUGUCAAAACAGGGGAGGUGUCUCAAAAGUUCUUUGUAAUGCAGGAAAUCUAAGAAUAUGCAAAGGAGAAGCAGAAGAUAAGGGAAACUUUCACAGUAUUCACAAUACAUACUGUGCAUCAAAUACAUUCUAUUCCUGUGCUCCAAAUCCAAUGAAACCAAUAAGCAAAAGCAUGCAUAAAAAGAACAGUGAAAGGUGCCUAACAUUUCUGUUUGUUUGGAGGGCUCUAAAAGUGUUGGUCACUGUUUCUAUCUGUAAUGCUGUGUUGCAGGUUUUACCAGUUCACUGCUGGACAUAUCACUACUCAGAAGAAAACAUGAAUUAUGAUUUGGCUCGUGUGUUCUGCAAGAGAGGUUACACUGAUCUGGUGGCCAUUCAAAACAAAGAAGAGAUAGAACACCUAAACAAAACCAUCCCCUACAACCCAACAUAUUACUGGAUAGGAAUCAGGAAGCUCAAUGGAACUUGGACUUGGGUAGGUACCAACAAGACACUGACAGAAGAAGUCAAGAACUGGGGGAAAGGAGAGCCAAACAACAAGAAGAAUAAAGAGGAUUGUGUAGAAAUAUAUAUCCAAAGGGCAAAAGAUGCAGGGAAAUGGAAUGAUGAUGCCUGCAUAAAGAAGAAGAGAGCAUUGUGUUACACAGCUUCCUGUAACAAAAGUACAUGUGGUGAACAUGGAGAAUGCAUUGAAACAAUUAACAACUACACCUGCAGCUGUGAAGAAGGAUUUUAUGGAAGCCAUUGUCAAUAUGCUGUACAGUGUAAGAGUCUGCCAACUCAACCUCAAAGAUACAUGAACUGCAGUCAUCCAUUGGGGGAAUUCAGUUUUCAAUCUUCCUGUAGAUUUGGGUGUUCUGAGGGAUUCCAUCUAAAUGGAACUCAUGAGACAGAAUGCUUAUCUUCUGGAGUCUGGAGCAGAGAGCCUCCUCAGUGUACAGUGGUACAAUGCGAGAAUCUGAAACAUCUGCCUAAUGGACAUAUCAACUGCACUCAUCCAUGGGGGGAUUUCAGUUACCAAUCCUCCUGCAGGUUUGCCUGUUUUGGAGGAUUCCAGCUAAAUGGAUUAAAUGAAACUGAAUGUUUAUCUUCUGGAGGUUGGAGCAGAGAAGUUCCCGACUGUACAGCUGUACAGUGUAAGAGUCUGCCAACCCAACCUCAACGAUACAUGAACUGCAGUCAUCCAUUGGGGGAAUUCAGUUUUCAGUCUUCCUGUAAUUUUGGGUGUUCUGAGGGAUUCCUUUUAAGUGGAUUCCAUGAAACAGAGUGUUUAUCUUCUGGAGCUUGGAGCAGAGAACCUCCUAAUUGUACAGUGGUACAAUGUGAAAACCUUUCAGCCCAAACACAAGAAUUUAUUAACUGCACACAUCCAUGGAUGGAAUUCAGCUUCCAGUCCAGAUGCAGAUUUAAAUGUCCUGAGGGAUCCCAUCUAACUGGAUCAGAUGAAAUUGAAUGUUUAUCUUCUGGAACAUGGAGUAGAGCACCUCCCCACUGCACAGGUCACAUGGCUUCGCAUAACCAUGAACAAGAUCACUCCAAAUUAUUGGUUAUAACCGGUGGAGCCACAGCUGCCAGUGCUUUUGGUCUUGCAUUAGCAGCCUGGCUUAUCAGUCGAAGAUUAAAGAAAGGGAAAAAGAAAAACAGCCACGCUUUCCUAUUGUUCUUUCCUCUUGGAACUUCCACAGCCUUUGGCCAUUCUAAUCACUGUGAGUCACCUACAGCCAACAUAUUUGAAGACCACACUGGUUGCCGACUGAAACAUAUCCAAUUGCUCUGGUUUGCCGCUGUUACAUGCGGACUUUUUAAAGGCACCAAGGUAUCUGCAUGGACAUAUCAUUAUAAUACUGAGUUAACAACAUGGGAUGCAGCUCGUACCUGGUGCCAAACCCAUUUUAUUGAUAUGGUUGCCAUCCAGAACAAAGCAGAAAAUGACUAUUUGAAUGAAACAAUUCCUUUCAAUAAAGCAUACUACUGGAUAGGGAUCCGAAAAUUAAAUGAUACCUGGACUAGAGUCACGACCCAAAAAGCCAUUACAACGGAAGUGGAAAACUGGGCACCAGGAGAGCCAAAUAAAGCAGGAAAAGUUUCAGAAGACUGUGUGGAGAUCUACAUAAAGAGGUCUAUAGACAGCGGAAAAUGGAAUAAUGAACUAUGUGACACAAAGAAGAAAAUAGCACUGUGUUACCAAGCCAGCUGCAACACUACAUCCUGCAGUCAGCAUGGAGACUGUGAAGAGGCUAUAGGCAACUAUAACUGUACCUGUCACCCAGGAUUUUCUGGACCAGAUUGUGAACACGCCAUCACGUGUGAACCACUCCAGAGCCCUCCCCAUGGCUGGAUGAACUGUAACCAUGCGUUUGGAGACUUCAAGUUCAAUUCAACCUGCAGCUUCACUUGCAUGGAUGGCUUUCUGCUGAAUGGUUCAAAGUCCAUGUCCUGCAACUCUUCUGGAGAUUGGACACAGGCAGUACCUACUUGCACAGCAAUAGGAUGUGAGGCCCUCCAAAGUCCUCCCCAUGGAAAAAUGAACUGUACACAUUUGCUUGGAGAAUUCCGAUACAAUACCAGCUGCAACUUCACUUGCUCAGAUGGCUUUGUGCUGCACGGGUCACACUCUGUUACAUGCAGCUCUUCAGGGCACUGGACAGGUCAAUCUGCUACAUGCACAGUUGUCAUCUGCAAUGCCCUUUCAAGUUCAUCACCAACGACCAUGAAUUGUUUUCACCGAAACAGAAAUUUCAGUUAUGGAGCAGAGUGCCACUUUGACUGUGCAGAUGGUUUUGUGUUAAAUGGAACAUCAAUAUUAAGAUGCCUUUCUUCUGGAUAUUGGUCUGAUAGUGUACCCAACUGUGAAGGUCAAAGUGUUUUGUUUGGGAAGCAAAUUCUUUUAUACACUGGUAGUUCAGCUCUUGCUGCAGGUGGGGUUGCCCUUGCAGGUGGCCUAAUCAUAUUUAUAAUCAAACAAUUACGCAAGAAACAAGACAACUCCAUCCUACUACCACAUCCAGAAAAUCCUGUAAAUACAUUUGAAAAUCCAGCAUUUGUGAAUUCAUAAGAUUACGGAAGAGAUCAUGAGAAAGAAUAAAACAAAGAAAUGUAAUUCUGUAUAUAAACACUAUGUGCACAGUGGGCAGAAAACAAUGUGUGAUCCACAAGCCCUUGUAUCCAUGGUAUGAAAACCAAGGGUAAAAAGAAGGCUCGGUCUGACUAGUGGGUUUUCUGGAAAUGCAAUAUUGGGGCAUUUAGUUUAUCAGCAUUAGACAUUGAAAAGUUCCUAAAGGUUAAUGGUAUCAGUCUCUCAGGAAUUAAAAAAAUAUACAGGACCUGUUAUUCAGAAUGCUCGGGACUUGGGGUUUUCUGGAUAACGUACCUU